UGUCCGCCGCCCCCCUGCCGCCCCGGGGCCGCUGCUAAGGCGAGGCCCGCCUCCGUGAGCUUCUUUUAUAAUAAGCCUGCCAGCUCCAGCGCAAGAAGGCUUCUUGUCCGAGCCGAAGAAGCCUCAUCGUCUUCGCCGCCGGCUCCGGCCGUGGAGAAGGAAACCGCCGUGGCCGAGGCCCCCAAGCCGCCUCCACCCCCGCCCAUUGGCCCUAAGAGGGGAACGAAGGUGAAGAUCCUUAGGAGGGAGUCCUACUGGUACAAUGGAACUGGAUCUGUUGUGACUGUGGAUCAGGACCCAAAGAGUCGCUACCCAAUAGUAGUUCGGUUUAACAAAGUGAACUACGCCGGUGUCUCCACAAACAACUACGCCUUGGACGAAAUAGAGGAAGUAAAAUGAAGACUCUCUCUCUCUCUCUCUCUCUCUAUUUGAGUUGUUGCCUUAUAAUUUCAUGAAAGUUAUCACAUUUGUAUAAUAUUUGAAAGUUAGCCAACUCUUGUAUUUACCUCAUCAACUUUUUAUUGUUGUUGUUUUGGGACUGAAGUCCAGUAUUAAUCAGCUUCUGUAUUUGGAUUUGUUUUGGGAGAAAUUUACAUAAAUACCA